GGAGGAGGAGGGCGAGGAGGAGGCUGACGGAGCUUACCCGCUAUGUGGCUGCGGCAGGCGGACUCGGCGGCAGUCAGCCCAGCGGUUAGCCAGCCGGUGGCGGCUCCUCUUUUUGGGAAUGAUUUGAGCCACCGAGUCCCGGAAACGCGACCCGGACAAGAGUCCCUCUCGUCGGAUUAAUACUAUUUUCUUGGUCGGCCCUGACACAUCAGUUGUGAACUCCCCAAGAGAGACCGAGACACUGGAAAUGACCGAGAGAAAAGCAUGGUGCCUUAGGCUUUUACCAGUUAUCUUCUUCUUCAUCUCCUUUGUCGCCUACUACUGUUCCUAUGCCAUAAUUCAGAGCUACACAGGCACCAGCAAGUCUGUCUUCAGCAGCAAGUCUCUGUGUGGUGGCUGGUUGACGCAGAAGAAGUGGGAGAGCCUGAACUUCAACAUUAGCAGACAAACACAGCUUUUUCUCAAACUGGAAGAUUUCUUCUGGCGGGAACACGUGUCAAAGUUGGCGCUACCUUACGGCAUAAAGGGCAGUGAGAUGCAACUACUGAAGGUUCUUGCAGUAACUAAUUAUCAGGUCCCAGCCAUCAUAGACAACCUCGAAUGCAGAACCUGUGUUGUCAUAGGCAAUGGCUUCGCCAUUAAAAACACUUCCUUAGGAGGCAUCAUUAACAAAUAUGAUGUGGUCAUUCGGUUGAACGACUCUCCCGUAAGGGGCUACGAGGAAGACGUAGGCAACAAGACCACCAUGAGGUUCUUCUACCCCGAGUCUGCCUCCUACAACCCAGGCUUGAACAACGAGGCCGGCACCCUCAUGGUCUUGGUGCCGUUCAAGCAACAGGAUCUACGGUGGCUCAAGGAGAUCCUCUACAAUGAGAAGAGGGUCAGGAAAGGCUUCUGGAAGCCUCCUCCCCAAAUCUGGCUUGGUGACGUCAGUCAAAUCCGAGUGCUCGACCCGCACUUUUUGCACCAGACGGCGGAGAAGCUGCUCCGGAUCCCCCUGAACCCCAAGAAAAACCAGAAUUCGGCACAUCCCACCACGGGCAUCCUCGCCAUCUUCGUCGCUCUCAACUACUGCGACGUGGUCCACAUAGCAGGUUUUGGCUACCCCAUCUCCAAAAGCAUCAAUCACCCCAUUCAUUACUACGGCUAUGACACCAUGAAGUCCAUGAAGCACUCUCAUCAUGACCUCAAUAAUGAAGCGGAAGCCUUAAAAAGACUGGAGGACUCUGGUGCCAUCUUGUACUUGCACCGACAUUCAUGAUCCAGGUUUUCCACACUUCAAAUUGAGGUCAUGUGAUCUUCCGCUGCCUAAUGCAGCCAGACAAAAAGAGACUUGAAAAAAAAAAAGACUUUCACAGCAAUGUGCUGGACUAUUUUUUUUUACACACGAUUGAACAUGUUUGCAUCAAUCCAUAGACUUAUUUGGUCAUUCCGACAGCAAUGUAGCGAUGAUUCCACAUGAUCUCCUAUUCAUGUUUAUAUUUGGACAUGUAUUGUCAGAAUUUAAUCACUUUCUAACUACUAAAAUCACGCAACACAAAAUACGUUUCUUGGACUGGAAAUACUGACUUGUAAAUUACUUUUCUAAUUUUUAAUUUAUUGAUUUUUUUGUUUCAAAAGCGAUAUCAGUGAUACUGGUACCACUGGAUGUUUGUAUUGCACAGAAAGGAGUACUUCUUUUUUUUAAAUAAAAAAAAAAAUGCAGUUUGUACACAAAGUGAAA